AUGCUUCCCUCACUACACACGUUCCUUUCCAACCAUAACCUCGAGCGGUACCAUGAAGCAUUCGUCAAGACUGGCGCAACAGAUCAAGAUCUCUUACAAUUGCUUCAUUUCAACGAUGAGGAGCUGAGCGAGUUUUUGCAAGCUGUCGAUAUGCUUCCGUUUCAUGCCAUCAAAUUUAAACGGGGUCUCCGGGAAUUGAGAGUGCAGGCAAGCUUCAGUAUAUAUCCCAACGAGGCAACGGCAACCACCACUUGCCGGUCUUUCACUGCUGCGGCACCGACUCUGCGUUCACCCCUCCCGACGCGGCCAGGCCUAGAUCUUAUCCUCAACACACCUGAUCAUACUUCUUCUCAACAUUAUGAGUACCCUGACAAUCACCACCAUUACAACCGUCAACAACAACAUCAACAGCAUGACCACCACUACUACUACGACCAUGAUAACCAACAACAGCCAUCACAGCAAACUUCCCGUGAAGUGAUCAUAUCUCAUGCUACCAUCUACGGAAAGAACAACACCCGACCGCUCACUAGCUACGAAGCUGCCAUCAACGAAGCCGCUAUUCAGCUCGCACUCGACAAUCCAUCACUACUAGUAAACAAAGGCAAUCUCUUCGAAAUGGCCAAAAAGAAAUUGCUUGACAGCGGAUACCAAUAUAAACGAGGCAAGAGUCGAUCGAAGCUCACCAAAGGUCGUGCACAAGUCUCUCCCGAGCAGCAAGUGGAACGGCGAAAUGCACGGCGAAGCCAGCUCCAUGCCAAGCGCAAGUUAAACGCACAACGCAUGUCGUGUGAGCGACAACGACGAAUCGAGGAACUCCAAACCCAACUGAUGGCUAUCACAGAACGACAACGCCAGUACCCAGAAGAGUUUACGGCACUCGAGGCGACCCGGACAACUCUGAACAAAGAAAUUAGCAAAAUCAAGGCCCAAGAACGAAAGCACCAGUGGUACGAGCGACGCAAGAGUGAUCGUUCGGAUGUCAGUUCUUCUGACGAUACUACUGAGGAGGAACAGCAGGCGAAUGACGACGAUGAACGAUCAGUCGCAUCGUUAAGUAGUGCCGGGAGUAGUAGCGUGACAACAGCCUCUUCGUCUACGUCAGUCACAGUAUCUCAACCUAUUGCUCCCACACCUAUGAUGAGCACAGCAUCCAUGGGUCCCAUGACGCUUUCUCGGGAAAGUGAUGUUCGAGCCAAAGUUUUCAUAGAGCCAACUAUUGCUCGAUCAGAGCUCUUGUCAUCUGCAUAG